AUGCUUGCAGACAAGACUGAUCUAGAGAAUAUCGAUGAGCCACUGAAAAUCUGGUUGAGGCUCGCUCGAUCUUACUGCGAUGUAAUGAAUGUGGGAGACAAUUCUACAGGAUUCAAAAUUAAAUUGAUGCUAGACCUUUUAGUGGGUAUAUUGUCAGCACCGAUUCAGAAGCCACUACUCAAAACAUUAAAUCAUCAACCUGAUCCACACCGACAAGUGAUAAAGCUAUUUGAUGAACUUCGAGCCGAUCCAGAGUUCCGGAGUUUCGCAGUGGAUGUACAGCGAAUGACUUUAUUGGACUCCACCUACAAGACAUUGGUCUUUGAAGAAUGGACACGAAACCUUAAUCUUCCAGAAGAUAUGCUUCCCAUUUUUGUUGAUACGAAAUUUGAACCUUUCAAAAAUCCACUUUUCUUGGCGUGGCUUAAUUACGUCGACUGGUACUGGACUUUUGCGAAAGAUCAAAGAUUAGAUCGAUACAUCAAGCUCAUACGCUUCCUAUGCACAUUCAAAGGUAAAACACAGAUGGAUGGGAUAGAAUUUGAAAAGUGGAUGAAAACAGAGAUACUCACGGUUGACAAUUCGAAGAUGAUACAAGAUGUGUUACAUGGUAAAUCGCUCACAAAGAAUGACGAGUUGACGUGGAUUAUUCAUUAUGUCAAUACCGACAAGGAGAAUUUUCCAAACUCUAACUUUUCUAAAUUGUUAGAUUUUUUAAUAUCCAUGGUCGGAUUUGAUAAGCUGGUUGAACUGUUGAAAUCAUUGAACGAAGACUUGGAACUGAAGCAGCUAUUAAUGAAAGCCAAUGUCACCGCUGACCAAUACUACUCCUACCUUGUCAUGACAGCUAAAUUGUUUGCUUUGUCAGAACACCCAAUUAAUGUGCAAUAUCAAUUCGACAGAUACGCUAUUGAGUUGAACAAGGACAAGAAGUACAAGAUGUCAGCAACCGCUAGCCGUGACAAAGCGUUAAAUUACAUGCAGCAGAAUCCUGACCCCAAAGCUUCGACUCAGAUGAUUAAGCGGCGGCAGCCACUUGGUAAGAUUAGACGUGAGUUUCAUUAG